AUGAUUAUGAAUCAACAGUCAUCAAGCAUAACUUUAAAAGUUAUCUUAGCAGGUCCACAUAACUCCGGUAAAACAAUGUUCCUAUGGAGAUGGAGCUCGAAAAAUGGCGAAUUUACCGAAGGACCAACAAUAGGAGCCGAUUUUGUAUGCAGAGAAGUUACUCGCGGCGAUAAGAAAUUCAAAAUACAUCUAUGGGAUACUGCCGGACAAGAAGCUUAUCACAGUAUUACAGCACCUUAUUUCAGAUCGUGCUCAGCAAUAUUAUUAAUGUUUGAUUUGACAGAUAGAACUAGUUUCGAAAAUCUUGACUAUUGGCUUAACAUGAUUAAAGAAAAUACAAAUUCUUCUCCAAUAAUUUAUCUAAUUGGUAACAAAUCAGACGUUCCAAGUUCAGCAGUAUCAGAUUCUGAACUUGAAGAAUAUGCACAUGUGAACAAUUUGAAAUUAUUUAAAGCUUCCGCAAAAGAAAAUAUUAAUAUCGAAAGAAUUAAUGAAGAUUUGAUUAAUUCAAUCAUAUCUGCAAAUUAUGUAAAUAUGCCUGAAAUAGAAACUAUUCCUUUGCCGAAAAAAGCCCAAAAGAAUGGCGAUUGCUGCUAA